AUGGACGGCGGCGAGGGGAACGUCACCAGCGAGGACGAGUCGGCGACGGGGAAGCCGCCAGCGUUCUGCUACUGGUGGUGGCGCUCGGUGGCGGAAUUCGACUCCGCAGGCCGCGCCGACGGCCGCCUCUACCCCGCCACCGCGGCGGAGCUGACGGGGCUGAGCCCUCGUCAACGGGUUCUCAAGGAGAUGGAGCGGCUGGCCCUGGUAGGCCACGACUCCCUCGACGAUCUCCGCCACAAACUCCUCUCCUAUCGGGCCGGCGAUCUCUGGGUCCCCGCCGGCGGCGUCCCCAAGGAAGCCCUCGACGUCCCUCCGGUGGUCACGAUCCUCCUCGUCGGCGCCGCCGGCUCCGGCAAGAGCUCGCUCGUCAACCUCAUGUACUCCGUUCUCGGCCGCUCCGGGCUCAUCCCCUUCGCCCGCACCUCCUCGGGUACUCUAAUUCCUCCUCCUACUUCCACAAUCUCUGAAUCCUCCGUAAUUUUCCGACUAAACUGAUCUCCUCUCAGAGAAGAACGGGGGGACGAGCUGCUUGGAGGAGCACAACGUGCUGAGGUCCACGAGGAACGGCUUCUGCGUCUACGACUCGAAGGGGUUUGAGUACGACGAGGCAGCGGAAGGGAUUGAGGAGAUGGCCGGGUGGGUGGAGGACGGCGUCCGCCACCGCCAGCCCUGCGGCGGAGCCGCCGAGCUGGAGGCGCGCUUCCGCUUCGCCGGCCCGCCGGCGAGGUUCGCCAAGAGGAGGGUGAACUCCGUGAUCGUGGUGGCGAACCUGGCGGAGAUUUACAGGGCCCAGAAGGGCGGCGACACGAGGCCUCUCAAUGCCACCAGGGCCCUCUUCCACUCCCCUUCUCUCCGUGCUGUGGCGGAGAACCCGAUCCUCGCGCUGACCCACGGCGACAUGCUAGCGGCGGAGGAGCGGAUCGAGGCGCGACUGAUGGUGUGCGAGAUGCUCGGCGUGUCGGAGGCGACGGGAGCUUACGACAUCGCAUGCCUGAACGAGUACGGCCUCUUGGUAGACGAGUUCGACUCAGUGACGGCGUAUUCACUGGCGGAGGCGGUGUACAGAUCCCUCCUCGCCGCCGACCGGAGCCACCCUCCCAAGCGCAAGCUCACGGAGUGGCUCUUCCACGCCGUCGCCUGCUUCAUGUGGUCUCUAUCCGCCUUCUGCGCCUUCCUCUCCUUCUGCUUCUCCUCCCUCGCCAGGCGACAGCGCUGCAAGCUCAAGAUAGUGUGA